AUGUCCAACUCGUUGACCCGACUUAGUGCCCAUACAAAUAUCGUAGCAGAUACUGCAGAUUACAAUAUUAUUAAGCGAUACAAAAUUAAAGAAGCCACCACCAAUCCAUCAAUCAUUCUGCAAACAGCCAGUUUACCACAAUACAAGCAACAUGUACAAGAAUCAGUAGAGUACGGUUUAAAAACAGGCAAUACUUUAGACGAAAUGAUCGAAAACUCAAUGGAUAUGAUCAAUGUUUCCUUUGGACAAAAAAUUUUGGAAGUAACUAAUAAAAUUCACAUCCAAAUAGACCCAAGACUUGCCUUCAAUGUCGUAAGAAGUGUAAACAGAGCUCUUAAAUUGGUGGGGUUGUUUAAAGAAAGAAAUAUUGAAAAAAGCAGAAUAGUCAUUAAAUUACCAGCUACUUGGGAAGGAAUACAAGCAGCCAAGAUCUUACAAAAUGAUUACGGAGUUGAUUGCAACAUGACAACUAUGUUUAAUUUGGUUCAAGCAGCUGCUUGUGCAGAAGCUGGAGUGAGUUGUUUGGCUCCCUUUGUUGGAAGAAUAGGUAUGUGGUAUGAAAAGAAAUCUGACAAAUCUCCUUCAAACGACAUCCAUCCAGGAGUAACAACCUUGAAACAUAUCCAAAGCUAUAUGAGGAAAUUUGGGUACGAAACCAAAGUCAUGGGAGCUUAUUUCCUAAAUUCUAAUGAAGUAAAAGCUAUUUCUGGUUGCGAUAUAGCAACCCUACCUAUUCAAUUAAUUGAAGAAUUAAUCAAAAGCGACGACGAUAUGAAAGAUAACAUAGAUACAAAUUUUACUAUAGAGAAACUUGAUUUAACAGAAGACAAAUUCAGAUGGUUGAUGAAUGAAGACAUGAUGGCUACAGAUUUAUUAUCAGAAGUUAUUAGAAACUUUACAGCGGAUUAUAUUGAACUAGAAAGAAUUGUUAAGAAUAAUCUUAUGAAUAUUCAAAAAUAA